GCUGAAAUUUGGAAUUUGGAAUUGACUAUAUACAAUUUCUUCUAUUCAAAUUAGAAGUGAGCAAAAAAGAUCAUUUUCUCUUCUUGGUUUAGAAUGGCAAAAUAGGAGGUCCCUGAAGUAGAAUAAAAUUUCUUUGAUCAUUUUAUCAUUGAAAACAGCGAUAAAAUGAAACAAAAUCACAUAAGUACCCCGAGUCAAAGUGUCAAACACCCAAUAGUUCAAGAAAAUGAUCUCUUAUACCCCAGUAAAGUAAUCUUCAGGUAUUCUACAGAGAUUGCUACUCCAGUUGUAAAUAUCCCCUUUACUGUUUGAUCGCGAAUGGAAUUUUACCAAAAACUGGCAACAUGUUCUCAUUUCCCCCUUUUUUUACCUUUGUCGAUUUUGUGCUUCAUCCUCUUACAUUCCAUUCAAGGUAGCUACUUUGAUCAAGAAUAUGGUAAGCAGGUACUGAGCUCAGCAAUAGAAGAUAAUGAUUGGUUAGUAUCCAUAAGAAGGAAAAUUCAUGAAUACCCAGAGCUCAGAUUCCAAGAAUAUAACACCAGUGCUCUCAUUCGUACUGAACUCGAUAAACUUGGCAUUUAUUAUGAAUACCCUUUUGCCAAAACUGGUCUUGUUGCUCAAAUUGGCACCGGUUCUCCUCCUGUUGUUGCUUUACGAGCUGAUAUGGAUGCCCUUCCUCUCCAGGAGCUUGUUGAAUGGGAGCAUAAGAGCAAAGUUGCUGGCAAAAUGCAUGGAUGUGGACAUGAUGCCCACACAACGAUGCUUCUUGGCGCUGCUAAGCUGCUGAAUGAGCGGAAGGACAAACUUAAUGUAAGUUUGUUAACUUUACCCAUUUCACUAAUGCUGAUUCAUUUGGAAUGUAUUUUGUGCUUGUGCGAUUCUGCAACAAACUUUUAGUAGACUCAGCUAUGAAUAUUCAUGAAGAAAUGAAUGCCGGGCUCUUUCUUUCACUGCUAACCCCAAGAAGUUUCAACAUGCUGAAACUUUCCGCCGGCCGGCCAAAGA